GGAUACUCUGGCUUUUAACUGAGUCAAAACAAUCAAAAUGGCUUUUUCCGGGUCUCCUGCAUAUCACGAUCGUGUUUCACCCGACGGAGCCAGAUCAUUUACAAAUUCUCUUCCAGUGACACAAGUGGAACUGCACGUUUCUUGCAGGUAAAACGACCGAUUUUGUAAACAGCGAAGUUAACUGCUCUACAUAAUUAAGCAUAACGAACUGUCCGCUCACUGAUGGGCUAGUUUAGAUGUAUAUUGAUUGAAAUUAACAAAUGUAUUAUCAAAAUUAAAGAUUUUGUAAAGACGCUUAAUAGAACACAUGUUGAUUAAAUACCAGUGCAAGAGUGUUUCUAGCAUAGGAUGAAUUUGACAUGCAUUUUUAUGAAUCCUCAAUUUUAAGUUUUAAACAUGUGUUGUUGAGGAAGUUAAAAUGCUGCGUUAUCAAUAACAUGCAAUUUUAUACAUCUGCGUGUUAUCAUCAGUUUCAUUUGAAACUUUUGAUUUGUCUUUAUUAACUGUUAUUUGAAUCGCACAGUCAAAAGACCAUGGUUCGUACAAUCUUGAAAAGGUCUUGAAUUUUACUAGUGAUCUUGAAAAGUCCUUGAAUUCGGUUAAGGUCCUUGAGAAGUACUUGAUUUCUUUAUUAGGUCUUGAAAAGUUCUUGAAUUUCUCCACUUUCUUAUUUGUCUUUCUUUGUUUCAAAUGCUAUUUCUGUACUUCAGAUACAACUGCAAGUCAUAGCCAGUGACUGUUGUCAUUUGCAAAGUGUUGUCACGGAAAGUAGUUUAAUAAUAAUGUAAACCGAUCAGCCAUGGCUGAGAAAGGAAAAAUCACAAAUGACUCCGCUGAGUGUUUUAGCCAGUAAUGUGUUCCAAAGGGGGUCAAAGAAACGCGAGUUACUGAAGAAAUCUUAGACUUUAAAAGCUGUAAUUUGUCCUUGAAAGGUUCUCAAACAAUCCUUGAAUUUUGUUUGUCUGAAAUUAUACGAACCAUGAAAGACAGCCAGUCGUUCACUGUAAGGUCAAGUUAUCUAUUUAAAAAUCAUGAUUGAAUAGUUUACUCUUAUGAGAUUGAGAAUGUGUCUUUUCUUUUUUAAAAGGAACCUUGCUGAUAUGGAUGUGUUUUCUAAGUCCGAUCCAAGUAAGUACUUUUAGUAGCCACAAAUUGAAGCCAAAAUUUAAGCUCCAGAAACGGGCGGUGAGAAAGAGCAAUACUAAAAGUUGGCGUUAGCUGCCAGUGGGCUUUGUUGAAAGUUGCCGAGAAUGUUUCAGUUACGUAAUGACAGCAUGAUGUAAUAUUAAGUCACACACUUAAUAGGUUAGAAACGUGAAGAAAUUCACCAAAACAAUCACGUUCGCCAUAUUUUGAAAUAAGCUUAAUAUAUUCUUUGGCGUGCGCUGCAUACUUUGUAGAAUUUUCUUGAAGUGACUCCGUUGUUAUUACAAAUGCAUUGAACGAUGACAAACUUUGUGUUAUAAUGUUUUCGGUUUUAAUGCGAUGGACACAAGACCUACAGCAAUCAUUCGGCUAUAUGAAAUAAUUCAAUUUGACCGAUGAUGAAUAUUUUUUACGAGGGGGACAAGUAUUUCCUAUGGAAGAAAAUUCUUAAAACAAAGCUGAUUGCCACUAGGGCCUUGUUUUAAAAGGUACUUAUUAGUUUUGUUAGCAUUUAUAAUUGCUGCAAGACUUGCUCUGAAGUCGACAUGACUUGCUCGUCCACAUUUUUAAAGGACUUUAUAGUAACGAACUUUUGCUUCAAAAAUUUCUCUGGAAAUUUAUUCGGGCAUAGUUGAUAUCAACAAUGAAAACUGAUAACCCGGAAAUUUCAGGCAAAAAUGUCAGCAAAUUUUUCACCAGACGCGAUUUUCUUCAAAAAGUUGUGUCCACUUAACCGCUUAUUUCGAAUAACAUAUUCAUCACCAGCAAAAUCGAAUUAUCGCAUAUUAUUACCAAUAGAGUCAAGAUUCAUAGCGUGAGCAGCGAUCAGCGUCGUUUAAUUAGUAUUCAUAAAAAAAACAAUUCACAGUGUUUUAAAAGGUUGUUAAGGUUACGUUUUGGGGCGACUGUGAUAAACUUCAAAAACUCAUUGAAAAACUAAUGUUUAAUGAGACACCGCUCAACUUAACACCAAUUUUUUUAGAACAUAAGAACCCCACAUCUAAGUAUUAGUGCAAGAAUGAGUUGAUAUCAGAGAUUUUGAAGCCGUUAAAAACUCGCAGUCGUGUGUUAUCGUGUGUAAAAACUCUCGGCUUCGCCUAGAUUAUUUGAACCUGGUAAUACCCUCCUGCUCUUUUUUUAAACAGCACAUCAAGAUGGACAUUUACGUAAGAAAAAUGCAAGAACGGCGACUUGUUUACUAGAAUUAAACGAAAAUACUGGUUAUUAUUUGAAUAGCCUGUGUUUUGAGCGGCUGCACAAGCAUUAAAACUUGCUCCCGUUUCGAUGUUUGUCCCUCUUCCCACAUGCACAAUUCAACAACUCGACAAAACAUUUACCAGCGGGCCAGUUUGACUAUCAGACCCUUUACUACGGGUUACUGUCCAAACCCGCUUUUAUUAAAAUCCAUCAGCAAGUCCUGAUACACUUGUUAUAAUUGGCCCAGUAAACGUCUUCCGAUUGCAGUCAAUCGAGGCGAAUGGCAAGCACACGCCUUGCUGGAUCACAUGACCUAACCUAGUAAAGGGGUUUCGUAUAAUAACAAUGGAAUGCCCUCCAGGGCGUCCGUAUAUCCUUUCGAUCUCGAAAACAGAAGAAAAAAGACGCCUAGCUGCAGAUUAAUUACUCCAAUAUACAUGAAAGAAAAGACAUACAAAUUCUAUUUGCAGGUAAAUAUUAGUCAACGGAAUUUAAUCUUGAAACGAGGAUAUACCUUAAAAUAUUAGUUUCGUAAAAUGAUAACAACAAAACAAGAGGUAGGAUGGAUAACAUUGAAAUAAUUAGAUUAAAAAAGCUAUUGAAUUCAGAAACAAAAAGGAGGAGGGGUUCUUUGAAAAGAUAUUGCGGACAUCAAGAUCCAACGACCCGACGGCAAAGAGAAUGUCAAAACAACAAUAGGUGUAAUAAAAAAAACAACAUCUUUGCAUGUGCAUCACACUUUUUUUGUACAUUUCUUUGCCGUAUUUGCACGUCUACGACUUGAAAAUGCCCAAUUUCGCGCGUUUUAUGGAGAAUGUAAACAAACAACGACGAAAUCUUUUUUCUCUCUUGAAACUUAGAUAUGUUCCGUAGGAAUUCAACUCCAGUUGGGUUCGCCUACGUUUGACAAAGUAAGUGGGUAGGAAAAAUCGCGAUAAAGACUGAAAGAACGCCAAUUCACUUUUUGAGCGACGUUCUCGAUGCCGUCGCGUCGUUGGAGCUUAAAGUCCUUAAGGUGAUGUUACACGGGACGAUUCGCAACGACAAUUUUUAACGCAAAACAGGGUUCAAAUAUUGGAACAAUAUUGNGUAAAAUGAUAACAACAAAACAAGAGGUAGGAUGGAUAACAUUGAAAUAAUUAGAUUAAAAAAGCUAUUGAAUUCAGAAACAAAAAGGAGGAGGGGUUCUUUGAAAAGAUAUUGCGGACAUCAAGAUCCAACGACCCGACGGCAAAGAGAAUGUCAAAACAACAAUAGGUGUAAUAAAAAAAACAACAUCUUUGCAUGUGCAUCACACUUUUUUUGUACAUUUCUUUGCCGUAUUUGCACGUCUACGACUUGAAAAUGCCCAAUUUCGCGCGUUUUAUGGAGAAUGUAAACAAACAACGACGAAAUCUUUUUUCUCUCUUGAAACUUAGAUAUGUUCCGUAGGAAUUCAACUCCAGUUGGGUUCGCCUACGUUUGACAAAGUAAGUGGGUAGGAAAAAUCGCGAUAAAGACUGAAAGAACGCCAAUUCACUUUUUGAGCGACGUUCUCGAUGCCGUCGCGUCGUUGGAGCUUAAAGUCCUUAAGGUGAUGUUACACGGGACGAUUCGCAACGACAAUUUUUAACGCAAAACAGGGUUCAAAUAUUGGAACAAUAUUGCAGCCAUUUCAAACAAUGAAAUAACAAUGUUGUAAGGCUGUGUUGCGCUAAAAAUCGUCGUUGCGAAUCGUCCCGUGUAACAUCAACUUUAUUAUCUGAAGCGGUGGAAAAUGGCAUAGGUGAGGGAGGAUAAUUUGUAUGAAUGCAACAUAUCUGACAGUGACUCUGUUUCCUCAUCAGUGGUUGUCAUGUACACUCAAGCAAUGGGAAGCAACGAAUGGAAAGAGGUAUAUAACUUUUAAUUUUUCAUGUGUGAGUAAUUUCCUGGUUGACGCACAUCCAAUUAAUAACGGAAUAGAAUAAAAUAAUAACUGCUUUUCACAAAUACUGGCAUAAAAAGCGACCGCCUAUACAAAACACCAAAAUUUUCCCAGUCAAAGCCUUGCAGUUGGAACCUCUAGUAAACGACCACAUCCUGCAAGCGACCCCAACUACUUUUUGGGCCUGACGGUUAAUGAUUUUCUAUUGUUUUUAACCUCUUUUAAGCGACCGCUUGGCGAAUUCUCUGAACCUUAUUUUCGCUGUGUGUAUUAUGUUACUUAGAAUAUGCGAAGACCUUCAGUGAAAACAUAUGGAACCACACAUAGCCUAACUUAGACAUCGCAUGCAAUAAAUCAUCUUCCAUAAAGCAGUUGUACCUGGACCUCUUCUCGGAAGAGGACCCCUGUGGUUCGAUUCUUGUAAACGACUACCUUCCGUAAGCGACCACUUAGUCUUUGCAUUUUGGGUGCUCGCUUACGAGAGGUUCGACCGUGUUUUUCUUAAUAUCUUUGUAUGUUUUGUUUUUUGAUUGUAAUACAUUUUUGGGGUAUGCUUUUUUAUAGACCAAUUUCGAAUUAUAAAAAUUCAUACUUGACUCCGAGGCUUGGCGAAAUGAACCAAAGAGAUCGUCUUUUGGCUCAAUCUUUCAAUCUUCAAUCAAUCUUUCUUUAUUUCACACUAUAUAAGGCAUUUACACAAGUGUACGUAAGUAGGAGAACAAAGUAGCUGAUAAAUAAUCAUUUAACCAAAAGACAUUAAGUUCAUUUGCGCACAGUGUCCAAAGUAGCAAGAGCUUUCUUGUUGCACACCGUCAUGUUCAGAUAAUCGGCAGCAGCAAUGAGAGGAAAUAAAAUCUCAAAUAAUAUCAGUGAUAAAAGUAUUAUAUCAAACAUGAGAUGCAGUGUUUCAUCACCAGAUGAAACACCGAGAAGAGAGUUGAAAAUACGACGCGCAGCGGAGUAUUUUUGACGAACUUCGAGGUGUUUCAUCUGGUGAUGAAACACUGUGUCGAAUGUUUGAUAUUUCUUCUCAAACAAAAUCAUUUUUGAAGGAGAAAUUAAGGAUGCAAAUACUAAGCAGUGUUUCAUCCGAUUUCCAAACACUCAUUAAACAUUAAUUUCCUUUGUAUUUUCUUAAUGAAUUAUUAAUGAGUUUGAGAACAUAUAAGCAAGGUUAAGAUCCGAUAUUUAAUUGAUUAGAAUAAUACAUUUCUUUUAUUUUAUUCCCCAAGCUUCGGAAAUAGGUAUGAGUUUUAAUAUAUCGAAAUUAGUCUAUUAUGAAAGUCUAAAAAAAGUACGUCAUGCACCUCAAGACCCAAAGCGACAUUAAGGUGGCUCGAUGGGUUUCUUCAGGGUCAAUACUUCUCAAGUUUGAGCAUAAACCACGUCGCCAUUAAUAGAGUGUUUUCACAUGGCGUCACGGCGGCCAUAUUGGUGUCGCAAAACAAUAAAACGGCGGCCAUAUUGGUGUCCCAAAACAAUGAAACGGCGGCCAUAUUGGUGUCCCAAACCAGUCCUGUGGGAAUUGAACUCUUUUCCUAUGUAAACGCUUCCUUUUGUUCCAAUAAAUUUGUAUAGAUGUUAACCACGUGAGUGAAAACGCGCUAUAAGAAUUUGGAAAAAUUAUCUUCACAGCUGUAUUAGAUAAAGAUGAAAAAAAGUUAUGAUCAGGGUUACAGUGACAUCGGAGUUGUCAUAGCGAUGAAGUGACGCCAUAACCUAUUUUACUUGUAGCCGUAUUUCUCGGCACUGGGAAGUAAUAUAUCAAAAAUGAGCGCCAGUUGCUUCAUCGGGAUAUUCAGACACCGCGAAAAAGAUGAAAGCACGAGGCCGAAGCCCGAGUGCUUUUUUUGUUUUGAGGUGUCUGGAAACCCCGAUGAAGCACGAAGCACGAGUUUUUGAUAUAGCUUCUCACUCUUAGACAAAUAAUAAACAAAUACUUCCAAUUACGCUGGCAAUAAACGUCAUUGAUAUUGAAAUAAUCGGGGUUGGAAUGUUACGUGGCAAACAAUUCAUUAGUUUACAUAUAUGGCGUGAUUUACUUCAUUCUGAGAUGUCAAAGUUGCUGGUGUUGACAGCUUCGGCAGCCGAAAACUGUGGAAGAUUAUAAGAAAAGUGUAGAUAAUGCAUUGUCGGAAUCAACAGCUUAUAAAACGAAAUGGGCGUGUACGUUGUUCGAGGGAUGGAAACACAAUCGAUUAGUGAGGUCCUGUGAAUCCGGCGGCCAUUUUACCACAAAAGACUUUGAAGAAGGUGUACAAACGUUGGACACCGGCCAUUACAGAUAUGUAACAAGAAGUAAGCAACUCUGCUGGGGAACAGUAUCCUUCCCCAGCCUUCCCGUUCGUUGUACUCCCAGUAUUUGUGAACUGAAGCGCCACCUUUCUGAUGUAAACGGACGUGCUGCAUUGAAACCUUUGGAUAUGUCAGACCGAAGGUAAGUUACAUUUUUAGGGGGAUAAAUUUUUGUUCGCGUAAAUUACUUGUGUGUAUUGUUGUUUUUAAUGGUACUUCUUUUCUCGCUUUGUUUAGGUUUUCGACGUGUUGUGAACGCGGAAGUGAAGAAAGCAACACGAAUGGGUUUGACUUGAAUAUUCAUUGAUUUAAUGCAAGUUGUCAACGUGCAUAUUUUAGUGGUGUACACAAGUAUGGAAUUUCGAAUAGUGCUUUUCAUUGGUUUUCCAAAAGAAUCCUGGUGAUGUGGUAUACAUCCAGUGAUUGGUGGUUGAUCUUACUGAGUUUGAGACUCCUCUUCCAAAAUAGUUCACGAGAGUUUUUUUUCUCCAAUAGUAGCCUGUGCCAGGCUCUCAGAUAGUAUAGUGCGGACGUAUUAAAACGAGCAAAGCGAAAAUAAGACGCGCGCGACUUGGGAAAGGGGGCGGUGGCGGCGAGAAAAAUGGGAGAGCCGCCCUGUCUCUCCCCAGGCCCCGCGCGUUUUUCGCAUUUCUUUUUACUGAACGACUUUUCAACACUAUCUCGGAGCCUGGAACAGGCUACUCCAAUAGCCGCCUCAAUGUUAGUGAAGAUUAAGCGAAAUCUAGAAGGGCGUUAUCGAGAUAUUUUGAGAUAAAGUUUUUAUGGUUAGAAAUACAGUAAAAACUGGAUAAUCUUGACGUUCAGCCGUUAUCUGUAGAAGUCCAAGCGCCUUUGAAAUGCAAUUUCACCUCAUAUUAUUUUCAAUUUUUUUAAAAACACAAUAUGUGAAAGAUCAUGUAGAUAGCUUUAGCCGAUUGCUAGAAAGAAGGAUUUGAUUAGUAUCUAUCGAAGCGCUCUUGUUAGCGGUUUUGUAAACAAUUUGGUCUACUUAAACAAAUAAGCAAAUAAUUUGAAAACCACCUAAAAAUUUGAUAUUCUUGAGAUUAACCGUCGUUUUAUAUGACCUUUGAGUUUUAAGAUGAUUUAUAUCUUGUAAGGCAGUAAAAUAAGGGCUACAAUUUGUUAAUUUUUUGUCGAAAUUUUUCUGUUAACCGUUAACAAAAAUACAAUUAUAGUCUCUUAUUAUUCAGAGUAUUGUUUCCACGUUUAUUCUCACGUCAACAGCAGUAAAUAACAAUAACAAUGCUUUUAAAAAAUAUGAAAUGUUAGCUAUUGCAAUUGUUGUCCACGAUACAUACUCGUCUCGAUACAUACAUGCCAAUCAAUCGACGCAUUCUCACUCCUCGAUACAUACUAAUCGAAUCCUUCUUUCUAGCAGGCUAUCUCACGAUCUUUAACACACGUUUUUAAAAAGAUUGAAGCUACUACGAGGAGAAACUGCGUUUCAAAAGCGCUGCGAUUUUUUUUACAAAUAACGGCCGAACAUCAAGACUGUCCAGCUUUUACUGUAUUUCUAACCGUGACAACUUAAUCCUACGAUAACGCUGUCAUAUAUUUCGCUUAAAGGCGUCACGAACAUCGGGGCGGCUAUUGGACGAAAAAACUCCCGUGAGCGAUGUUGGAAGAAAAGUUACAGUGCCGAGAAAUACGGCUGCAAGUAAAAUAGGUAAAGGCGUCAUUUCGUUGCCAUGACAACACUGAGGUCAUUGUAACCAUGUUCAUAUUUUCAAAUUUAUCCAAUAAAGCUGUGGUGGUAAUUUUUCCAAAUCCUUCUUAAUGGCGACGUAGUUAUUGCUCAAAAUUGGGAGGUAUAGACUCUGAAAAGCCCCAUCGAGCCACCUUAAUUUGUGUUGGUGUUCAGGUGAUAAGAUGUAAAUAUUGAUAAUCUUAUGUUUCUCUUUAAGUUUGGCAGAACAGAACACAUAAUGAACAACCUGAAUCCUGAUUUUGUCACAACUUUUGUAAUUCAUUAUUUCUUUGAAGAAAUGCAAAAGCUUCGAUUUGAAGUGUAAGUUAGUCAUUGUAGAGAUCAUCCUUGGUCAGCAUACAUUUAGAUUUAUAUUUUUGUAUAAGAUAGUUAUACAAACUAGUUGUCCAUAUUGCAUGGAGUCCCGGAGGGGGGGGGGGGGGGGGGGGUAGGGGGUUUAUUUUUUUUUGGGUAGUUUUGGCGGGGCUCUCUGCCCCCUUUCUCCUUUAUUGUCUGUUCUUGGGCCAAUUAAACCCAUUUUAUUCCCUUUGGGCAAAAUUUUAAAUUUUCCGCUCCCCAAUUUGUCCCUUUUAUCUGUUUUUAAUUAUAUUUAAUUAUAGAGUGAAAUUGAGUUUUAUUUAUGAUAAUUUUAUUGUUUUGAUUGUAUAUAUAUCUUGUUAUUUUUUUUUUUUUUUUUUGUAUUUUAGUUAAAGUGUGUUUGUGGGGUGGGGGGGGGGGGGGGGGGGGGGGGGGGGGGGGGGGGGGGGGGGGUGUUACGUGGGUUAAUUCUUGCUGGGUAUGUGCCGCUGGGCUCUCUGACCCCCUUCUCCAUUAUAGUCUGUUCUGUGGCCAAUUAUACCCAUCUUAGUCACCUUUGGGCAAAUAUGUAACUUUCGCGAUCCCAAAUUAGUCACCUUCUACUUUUAUGAAUUGACCCAUUUUUUAUAUUGAAUGAAAAACACUUUACUUUUCAUCUGCGGUACAAACAUUCUGGUACGUUUGCUAACCGCAAAUAUGAAGAACUGUCUUACCCCGUGCGACCUCAUUAUAGUCAAUCCAGUCGUGAAAAUGCGACCCCAUCCAGCGGCACAUCCACAUUAGCCUCUUCCACCCGCAAAGAGCUGGGAUUUUUUGCUUGCCGCGGUAAAAAUAAAUGAAAAUUUACACAGUAAUUUUUUGUGAGGCAAAUUUAUACUAAUUUGGAAAUUCAAAUCUAAGAAAAACUGAUGAUACCAUUCACUGGUGAUGGCGAUGUUGCGUAGUUGUUGUGUUGUUAACGAAGAGCUGGGAGGCGUUCAGUAAUGACGAUGCAAUAAAUGAUUUUGAGAAAAUUUGCUGACAGAUUGAUGUUUUUAGGAAUGCGGCGUUAGUCAUGAGGAUAAACUUUACAUCUUGCACUGUCCGCUUCAUUUAUCAAGUGUAUAUAACAACGCGUUGCUACGUAACAAGUAAACAUUCUAUCAUUCGAAUUAACCGCAUCAUUAAUUAUGUAACUCUUAUAGUAUAGGAAGGACGGUUAUAAAUAAUCAUGUCAUUUAAAUCCCCUGAAGAGUGAGCACUCACGAAACAGGCUUGUAGGGAUAAAAGUGAAGUUUUUUUCUGUUUUUCAAUAUACUAAUUAUUGUUGUAGGUAUGACAUAGAUAAAGACACGCCCAAGUUAUCAGACCACGUAAGUGAAUAUUAAAUUGCCAAUAUUAACUAAGUGUUUUUAUAAUAUAUCCGGACAAUUUAAAUUGUACUGGGAAAUCCCCUUUUUAGUAACGAAAUCAUGGCAAAAGAUUCAUUCUUUUUUAGGAUUAUAUUGGUGCAAUGGAAUGUAAUUUGGGAUCGAUAGUUGGAGAAUUUGGUGGACGACUUCAAAAGCCUUUGGUGUAAGUCUGUGUAAUGAGGAAAAACUAACUUAGAAAAAUCAUUCCUUUACACGUUCUGAAUUCAGACUCAUCAAUAGUUAUGUUUUCACAGAAAUCCAAAAAUAAAGAAACCUGGAACAAUAAUCGGUACGUUCGUUUCCUGAACUCAUCAAAAUAUUGAACAUUAUCGUGUAUAUUUUUGCCGAUAUAUUUUUUAAUAGUAUGAUUUUGUGUCUCAUGACCUCCGGGUCUGAAGUUAGUGAAAACACAUUAUUAGCUUCUGAGGUGAUUGAUUUAUUUCUUUAUGUGUUGCAGUCUCAGCUGAAGAAAUCAGUGAUUGUAAGGUCAGCUGAUGUCAGAAUCUACUAAUGACUAUAAUAAAUUAAGGAAGUGCUCUAUAAUUUUCUGUUGUAGCUUCUCGGCAUUGCUUGGCUAGCAAUUGUUCAUGUAUACACUGUAAAUACUCUUAUAUUUAGCGUUUUGUGUAGGGUGGUGUAUAGACAUGUUUAUGGUUACUCUUUAUCACAAUCCUUUUCAGGAUGUUCUGACACUCCAGUUUAAUGGCAAAAAUCUUGACAAGAAAGACUUUUUUGGAAAAUCAGAUCCAUUUUUGGAGUUUUACAGGUGUAAUGAAGACAACAGGUGAGUCUAGCUACAGGCACUGAUCAUAAUUUGCACAUCAACUCUUGGAAUAAACUAUGAGUGAUUUCAUUAUGUAGCCGGACGUUUGUCAAGAGGGCUUGACUCUAAACGAGAAUGAAGUAGUCCCAAAGAUAAAUAAGAUGUUUAUUAAUUGCACAAUUAUUUUAUCCCAGUUUGAUAAGCGACGUUAUCAGUACAUUUGCUCAAGUCAACGGGAGAACAACUUAGAAACUCCUGGAACAAUUGAAAAACACAUUUAGAAUUAAUAUACAACUAUCCCCCGAAGGGGAGGUGAAUAGUGUAUAUGGGGAGGCGAAGCGUCGAGGUAUAUAUCUAGCGCUGCUCACCGACCCUGAGGGGGAUAGUUGUUUUAAUAUUUACCAAAUCAGUCGGAUAAAAAUGAAAAAAGUAACUAUUUGUAAAUUAAAAACAUCACUUAGUUGGAGCUUUGUUUACAAUUUACAAACAUUUCGGGAAUUUUGUCGCAAAUUCAGCAUGAAAAUAACCUUCUACUUACCAGUAAACACCGACAAGCCAACGUUCGUCGCUUUCUUGGUAUUGGUUUGUACGACAUCUUCAUUCGUCGCUCAAAUUUCGUCUUCCCAAAAUGUUAAUAAGCAAGGAUAUUCCGAGUUACUGGAGCCAAUCAAAACGCGCGAAAAUUACUAUUCACUGAUUUGGUAAAUACUAAUGUAUUUUUUUUUUCUUUUCUAGCUUCAGUUUAUGUCACCGCACGGAAGUAAUCAAGAACACACUAAACCCAACGUGGAAGCCAUUUACAAUUGAAGCCAGGGCACUCUGUAAUGGGGACUAUGAUAGGUACUCAGUACACUGUCAGUAUACUCAAAAGCUGCAUAAAUUUGGUCGGACUUAAUUAUUUGGUGGGACGUAAUUAUUUUACUCAUUAUACUCAAAAGCUGCAUAAAUUUGGUCAGACUUAAUUAUUUUAAGUCUUUCUUUCUUUCUACUCGUUCAUCCGAUGAUUUAUAACUUUAAUAUCUUCAGUAAGCAAAAAUAAAGAAACAGGAUAAAGCAUCAACUUAUAGUUUAAUGUUGAAAAUCUUAUGAUCUUGAUCGACUCUGAUUAUUUUGGAUUAUUAUCACCAGAAAUUCUCGAAACAAAAUCUCUCUGACACUCAUAGCCAGUAACCACCAAAGUCUCCUUUGUAUCUAAAUUUUACACAGGCUGCCAUUAAAUUUGAUACUUCGCAUGGUUUUUUUCUAAUUCUACAGGUCAAUGAGGGUGGAAUGUUAUGACUGGGAUAGAGAUGGAGGGUGAGAAACUCACAAGUUUUGUAGCCAGUUGAAUACCAAAAAAAAGCGUCGAUACAUGGAAAGGAAGGAAUUUAGCAGUUUAGUCUACUAUAGGGUAGCACAAUUUAGCUGAACUAGGUCUAGUAUAGGCUAAGGGUUCCAGGAUCCCAGCGGUACAUCCCCACCCUAAAGUUUCUAUCAUUCACCCCAACCCCCCCCCCCCCAACCCCUACUACCCGGGAGUGAAAGAGGAAACCUUGUAUGAAACGAAUCUCAACCUUAAAAAGCCUUAUAUGUUUCUUUCCACAUUUUUUUGUCAAAAAAAUAUAUAUAUAUAUUUGUCAGUCGAUCGCAGGUUUCACCGUACUUUUACCCUGCCAUUUUAUACGUUUCUUUUUGUUAUAUCUCAGCUGUCUACUUCUUUUUGCAGGCAUGAUCUGAUUGGUGUCUUUUCAACCACCAUAAACGAACUUAAAUCAACUCCUGGAAUAACAUAUGAGGCAAGAUUCUUACAAAUAAAUAAGCUCAUAUUUUGUAAGGACAGAAAAACAGGUCAUAACUUGAGGAAAAAUGACACACAGGACCUUGUUCCAAAUUUUAGCAGAACUGAUGGUUUUAAAUGUAGUUUUUUUUUUAACCGAGUUGUAGAUGAAUGGAAUGGUUUACCCAAUCAUAUUAGAUAAUCAAACAGUAUUGCAACUUUUAAAAGAAAUGUUUUAGGCUUUAUUAAGGAUAACUAGAACAUUUAUAUUUCUAUUUGUAUAUAUUUUUCUUAUAUUUUAAUUAGUGGGGGCAUCCCUAGUAUGGCGCAUUGGCGCUUUUGGUUGCCUCCUUCUCCACAACGUUUUUUUUUUUUUUUCUUAUAGUAGUGUUAGCUUGAUUCAUUUCAUUAUUUGCUUGUAAUGUAGUGGAGUGAAUCUGAAUCUGUAAUAAAAUAAACCUUUGGACGCGUUUAGGAAGGGUUUCUCUCCUUUCUUUUCUAUUUAUUUUCUGGUCCUUUUUUGCUCAGAGGUGCGACCGUCGGAGAUAUUUGCAAAAGAGUUAACCCAGGAUUUUUCUUGAAAGUUGAAUUUUUUUUCUAUUAUUGUCCUAAACAAAAUGACGGUCUAUUGGUGAUGUUUUCAGUGAGCUAAAAUCUUCGACAACACGAAUUAUUUUGUGAACAAAAUUUAGAAUGUUUUCUAUUGUUUCCGACCAAAAGAGAUCGAAAAAGAUGUCUAGUGAUGUUGCAGAGUGGCGUAAAAUAACGAAAAGACCAAAUGUGCGAUUUUGGAGUCCGCUAUCUGUUUUAUAUUUGGAAAGAGUCACUGACACUAUGGUUUUAAGUCAAAUAUUCUGAAUUCUGAAUAUUCAUGAUUUUUGUAAAAACUAAAUCAAGACCUAUCUCAAUCGAGUAGUCUGGAAAUCGGAUGAAAUACUGACUGGAGUUUUUGACCAUUCAACAAUAGUUCUUGAAGAAAUUCAAAGCUAAAAUUCACACAUUUUAUGGUCAUUGACAACCGAUAUCUAAACCACGGUCAUGGAUGUCCUUUUUCUGGAUUCAGUUUUGUUUUCUCUUUCAUAAAUUAUUAAUCAGGGCCGGGUUGUUCAAAGCAGGGUUAGUGCGAAAUUUGAUUUCAGAUAUGAAAGCUGAGAAGGAAAUUCAGUUUUAUUCUUUUUGCCUACAAUUUGAUGCUGUAAAAAGAGAAGAGAAAAUUAUCCGGGAAAAUGCUUUUGAACAAAAGAAAAAGAAGCCCGCGUUAACAUUUAACUCUAGUAAGGUUAGAGCUAAUCGGCCUUCGAACAAUUGGGCCCAGAACUAUAACUAUACAUGACUUUUUUUCUUCUUUGACAUUUGUAGGUCAUCAGUCCCAAGAAAAAAGAAAAAAAGAAAGGAUCAUACAAAAACUCGGGCACGGUGAGCAAUGACGCUUAUAAAUACCCCCCCACACACCCUCCUCGACUCCCAGGUUCAAAUUGCAGAGGAACCCCUUAAAAUAAGUCCCGGGGUUAAAGGCUCUACUGGGUUACCUUCAGUAUUACUACAUUAAUGCCAUAUGAACUAUAAACUAUACCUUAUUAUAUGGCCAAAUCCGCGAGCUGGCAAGAUGAAGCAAAUCCUGUGAGCUGAUUGGCUACCCGAGCGGACUAAAAGAAUGGCCUACCUUGGCACCACAAAUCAGACAAGCCCCCGCGGCCCCCUACAAAAAAAAAAAAUCUCAAACAACGCAAAUGCUUACGCCCCCGACAGUAUGAAUUGCAACCGGUGGUGUUUUAUGCUUGUUGGCAAGCUUCCUUCUGACGAAAGUAGUUUGUAAGCUCUCUCGUAGACUGACGUUUUCGAUUUAGAUCACUGAGCGAGAACAAAAAAAAUUAACUUCUGGUUAAAUAAGAACGUCCGGAGCGUCGACGUUCUCGUGUAUAGCACACUCCUCGAUACGCGUAAUUCGUCAUAACAUACUUAGCCACAAUAAACGAUUGUUUUAUAUUUUUUUAGUACACUCAACACUAUUAGAAUUUCUAACUAAUCAAGGUGCCUGAUUUUUCAUUUUUUUUCCAGGUCAAAUUGCUGCAGUGUAAAAUAGAAGAGCGACCCUCGUUCUUGGAUUUCAUUAGAGGAGGGUAGCUACAUUUGUUUUGUGUAGAGAGUGCUUCAGUUUCCACAGACCUAAUAAGCUUCAUCUAGAACAAUGCGCCUUUUUAUUAUACAAGCUUUUGAAGCAUGGUUAGAGUUGCUUGACCUAAUUGGAGUUUGAGGAUGGAAACACUUGGGAAAGCUUCUUUAGGGAUGAUAUUUUACGAACAAUUAUGUAGUGAUUUCUGGAGAGGUGUACGACAAGAAGGAGAUAUAAAAAAAUUUCUGGAAACUAACAUCAUAGAAUUCCUUAAAAGUACUUUUGGAAAGAGAUGCAGUAUAAGGUCUUGUUUCAAUUUAUUCCUUUAUAUUUCAAGGCAAGGAAACACACAAAUCUCAAACGCAGCGGAACCGUUCUGUCUCCGCUGUGUUGGAGACUAGAAACAAGGGGUGGAGCAUAUUAAAAUCUAAGUCUCGUUUUCUUUCAUGUUCCAAAGGACUCAGAUAAACUUUACAGUGGCCAUUGAUUUCACUUCUUCGAAUGGUAAGAUAGCAUUAUUGUUUGUUCUUGUCUUUGAUAAGGAUCUUUCGAAUCUGCAGUUGAUCAAACCUUUAUUAAGUUCAAAGUCACUGAAAUCGUUACCCUUUAUUACUAUAAUUGUAUUUUAAAAACCCUUUCAUUGGGAUUUUACUAAAACAGGGAACGGGGAGCGAGGAAAGAGCCAGGGGAUUGGGAAAAAGAAAAAUGGGAACGAAAGCUAACUUGAACCUUAGCCCUAUCAGAAAAUUCAUUUCCAAUUCUUUGUUAAAUUUGCUCCCGUUUUCUUUGUUCCGUUCUCCCGUUCUCCGUGCUUAUUCCCUGCGCCCAGCGUGCCUCAUUUUAGUAACAUCCCUUUCAUUGCUAAAACGAAGGAUGCCCAUGGGGUAUCCGUUUCAAAUGAAACGUCUUUGGUGGAACUUUUACGUGGCACUAUUUAUUUCUUAGGAUUUUCACACACAAAAGAUUGAUUAUUUGAUUUGUGAAUUUGCCCUUUAGCCUCUGAUAGAAGUGAAAGGGUAUCAAUGGUUCACUUAUAAAUUUGCCGCAUGUGUUAGCCUUUUCCGAGUUCCCAACGAGUUAUUUUUCUUCAGGCGGUCUUCACCUCUGUUAAAUAGUUACUUUGGUGAGGUACAUUUUAAGAUGUAAGCUUGAUAUAUUAGGGCCAUUUAUACGAGGAAAAAUAAGACGCGUCUUACAUAAGACGCGAACUGUACCAUUUAUACGUCUUAUCUAAGACGAGAACAGCUCGUAUAAAUGGUUCGCGUCUUAUUUCUGUUCUUGACUCGUUUUCAUGUGAAUGUUGCCUAUAGCAACGGCAAUCCAACGUAGCGCACCAAAAAUUAACGCAUGCGUACUAUGUAUUUGCGUCUUACGUAAGACGCGAAGGUCAUUUAUACGAAGUUUUUCUUGUCUUAGCUAAGACGCGUCUUAUCUAAGAACAGGUGUUAAGGGCUGUUCUAAAAUAAAACGCGUCUUAGCUAAGCCGCGUCUUAUUUUAGACGAAAUGUGUCGUUUAUACGGAAAGUUCGCGACUUAUUUAAGACGCGUCCUAUGUAAGACGCGUAUUAUUUUUCCUCGUAUAAAUGGCCCUAUUGAUGAUGUAUGUUUUUUAGGUAAUCCGAAAGAUUCCACUUCUCUUCAUUACAUAAACCUUCAUGAACAGAAACAGAAUCAAAAACAGAUUCAGAAUCAGAAUCAAUACGUGAAGGCGCUCACAGCUGUUGGGGAAAUUUGCCAGGACUAUGAUACGUGAGUGUCAUAUUAGUUUUCAUGAAAUCUUCGCGACACUUUAAUUUUGCGAAAUUCCCCCUUUUUUUGAAAUCGCGAAAAGCUACGCGAGGAUAACGUGGCGCGAAAAUUAAAUGUAAGGGUGGAAGAAAGCAGGACUGAAUUACGAGUGUUGUAACUGGGAGUAGAGUGCUACGUCCUUUUCCAGACAUCACAAAAAUAAUUCCAGUGCCCCAUCUAGUGUCAUUGUCAUUAAAAGUACCCUUUUUAUUACACUGCCAAGUCGUUCUUUUCCGCCAUUUUCAGUGAGGCGGAAUAUUACGCCAAAACUUUAAUUUUUUUUUUAUAUCGAUUCUCUUUUGUAGUGAUAAAAUGUUUCCCGCCUUUGGAUUUGGCGCGCGUGUUCCUCCAGACUGGAAGAUCUCUCAUGAAUUUCCUCUGGUCAGUGAUAACAGUAAAUUCUCCUUUAAAAUUAAUUGCUUGGUUAUUCUGUAAACGCUAUGGAAAACGCCAGUUCUUCAUCUAUUAUGGCGCCGUUUUCAAACUUUGUUUGGCCAAUCGUGACGACUGUCGAUGGCCAAAGGCUUAAAUCAUCGCCAGAUAGUGAAAAAAACUAAACCCUCUUGCUGUUUAGACUGCAAAAUAGUCGGGUUUUUUUUCCUUAAAAAUCAUUAAAGAAAUCAGUGUGUGGCGUGAGUCUUACGCGCGCGAAACGGCGAGCUGUGUGGCCGUCUCUCCCCAGUCUCACUCUCCGUUUUCGGCCUCGUUCCAGACCUUUUGUUUGACUGCUCGCGCGUACUUGAAUACGCAAAAAUACGGACUGUUUUGCAGUCUGCUUUCUGUUUUGCCUAUUUGUAGCAAACAGGCUCUUAUUCUAUUAAUCGCUGAUUGUUUUCAGAAUGGCAAUCCGCAGGAUCCAAAUUGUAAUGGCAUUCACGGUGUACUCGCAGCGUAUUAUCACAGCAUAGAGAGGGUUCAACUUCAUGGUAAUAUUUCAGACUUAAAAGGACUCUUAGGGCCUGUGUACAAGGGGAGGGGGGGUUACCCUGGUGAUAGGGUUACCCCAGCAAGCUGGUUAAGGAUAACUCUAGGGGAAUUACUAUUUACGUGGGAAAACCGGAAAUUCCGAUUGGAAAAUCAAAUGGUUCGCGCUAUUCCGUUUGGGAAGCCUCAGGAAACAUGGACUGUGAUUUAAGGCGAUGCAAUUUUUCUACUCUUUUAAGUCUGUUCAGCUGGUUUUGAUUUACUUUGUAGCGGGUCGUUCUCCCACCACGUCAAGUUUGGUUCGUCAUAAAUUAGUUUUUGAAUAUUGUAUGCAAAUUGCUAUAUUUCAAAAAGAUAUUACUCGACUGUAAAUUUAACGUGACUGAAAUUUUUUUGUGUUAUUUCCGUUACUUUCGGCUUGCAUAUUAUCCUACCCUUUAAGAUUUUGAUUGAAAUGUGUUUUAACCAAGCCUGUCUGUCUCAGUCUGUCCUUCUCCCUUUGCCGUUUCCCUUAGAGAUCUGGGUGGGAAUUUAAAAUUAUCACCAGCCUCGAAGUUUUGACGUCAUUAUUAUUAUUAUUAUUAUUAUUAUUAUUAUUAUUAUUAUUAUCAUUUUCAUUAUUACAAGCCUAUCACUACAUAAUGCAGGAACUGUUAUUUACUAACUGAGCAUCAGGUCACAGCCUGUGGCGUAGCCAAUACUCCGUGCCAUUAUUCCGUCCUUAACAUAUUUAAGUGUCUAACACUUUUCGCAGAAUCCUACCUGACCCCAUCAAGGCUAUUCGUUGUAAACGUUCCAUGCAAUAUUUCAUUUCAAGAUAUUAUUAUUAUUUCUUAUUAUUAUUAUUUGUUAGUUUAUUUAUUUCGGGGGAAUCGCUUCUUUUGAAACUUUCGGCUCUAUGUGUUGCUGUUGCAGGUCCUACUAACUUCGCACCGAUAAUUAAUCAAGUCGCAAGGUGGGUAGUCGAUUCGAUGCAAUUUACAAGGGUGUAAUCUGUUUUUGAGUGGAUAAAUGAUUUGUGUCAGCUCAAGUUUGACCCAAUUUUCACUCCUUUUUUUCUAACGGUGAGAGCAUUUGAGUUAGCAUACGUUUGAAGUCAGGGCCCAGUCAAGGCGAAGAUGACUUUAUCUGGGCCUAUACUCAACCUAACUGCCUUGUGCCCCGCGCUGAUUUUCCCCUUAGUCGAUCAUUCUAUUUUCUCGUGUCUGUUAAAAGAUUUUUCUUCAUUUUUGUUAGUACUUCUUUAGGAGUUUUCUUAAAAAGGCAAGCAUGUCAAGGAUGAGGCUCUGAUAUAUAUGUUACUAUUUGUUCUUUAUGCAAUAGAAUUGCAAGUUCAUCUCACAGAGAAAAGCCGGGACAGGAGUAUGUACCACAACUAAAUAAGCAAAUAUUAUCAUGAUUUAUUAUUGUGGUUGCUCAAGUGGAACAGAAGGUCAUUAUUUUUGCCAAACCUCUGAGAACAAACCAAGGAAAUAAGGAACCGCACAUUGUCCGUUCACAAUGACCGCGAAACGUAGCGUUCCAUUUGCGUUCAGGCUUAACUGAAAAAAUCCAGUUGGUUUCCCACUGAAACGCCAUGUUGAUUUUGUUUGUGGCUUAUAGUAACGGGGUCGACCAUUUGAAGGAAGAGAGCGUGAUUUUUGCGUGAAGUUAUAAGUAGUAAUAUUCUUCUAUUAUGUUUACAAGAAAAACUUAGGGAAAAAGUUCCGUCAUAGAAAUAGUAUUGGGAAACCUUGAAAACCAUAAGACCAAAAUUCAGCAAGAAGGACAGCCAAGAGACUUGACACUAACAUGGACUGUUAACUAUACUCUACUGGCAUAGGUCACGUAGGAAUAAAUAGUCUCUACUUUGCUACUCACCGCCUAGAUGAAUAUAAUGGUUCCAGUCAGCGUACUAGCUCUGCCAUUCUAAUGAGACUGCUCUUGUAAGAGUGCAGAAUGACAUUCUUUGUGCCAUUGACAGUAACCAUUUAGGGAUCCUUUUAUUAUAUCUUUCUGCGGCUUUCGAUACAGUACAUCAUGUAUUCUAUUCUGUUAUCUAGAUUAUCAGACCGAUUUGGUCCUAAUGGUACGGCCCUCCCUUGGUUCAAGUCCUACUUAAAAUUUCCUAGGUACUAUAUCGAACUCGAGGGCAGUAAGUCGACUACGCAUACCGUAAACAUGUGGGGUUCCCCAAGGGUCGAUCUUGGGCCCCUGCUUUAUGUAAUAUACACUUUAUGUAUUCCACUGAAAUUCUAAAUCCGUAAAGAAGUGGAAAAAACGCUUGGAUUUUCUCACCGUAAAAUGUCCAUAAAAUUGUGUGUGUGUUUAGGGAGCACCUCUCAGCACUUGAGAAUUCGUAAUUUUCUUGAAUCAACUUCCAGACAAUUUUAAGUUUACGAGUUCCAGUAUGAACCACCACUAGUUAAAGAGCUAUUUUUUCCUUCCAUUUCUCCUCGAGAUGACGCUUAAUAUAGCGGAAAGAAAUAAAAAAAAACAAUGCGUUGAAAUUGAGAAGAAGAUCAGAGCAGCAGAAAGCCACUGUAUUGGUCAAUCUUAUUUUAGAUUUUUGUUCCGGCUAGCGCGAAAAGCUAAACAAUCUCAGGGAUUGUCUAAAUCCGAAAAAAGUUUGGCUAUUGCCCAACCACUAAGGGAGAAAUAGUUAUGAAUGGCUGCUACUGUCGGGCUGUUUGCAUGCGUAAGGUACGGUAGUGGCCAUACCUCAGGGAAAACCGCGCGGUCUGGUAUUGUGAAAAUCUUAUCUCGCUGAAUUUUCUUCUCGGAAAAAAAUCCUUGCCCAAACAAAAUGACCCAAUACCCCGCCCUCCGCUCCCAUCGAAUAUCAAGUGGCCAACUCCUAAUGUUAAUGGGUCUUGUCGAAUAUAUAAGGUUUUCAAAAGGGAUAUCUUGUUAAUAAAAUAGCAAGUUCCAACGAACAAAACAAAGAAGCCGGAUCCUGAUUGACCCAGUCAGCAAAAUUUUCUGUAAGCAGGCAGUUAGGGUAAUCUGAUUGCACAGCUUUAACAUUAUAUUAUCAGUUCUAAGAAAGAAAAUAUACUUCAUAGCUCAAGCAAGCAAUCAGCAUUGCUUUUUAACUAUUAGUUUUCACAUAGUUAUUAGAGGAGACUGGUUAUGAAAAGCGGCAAACAUCAAUGAUAAGAACAACAGUGCUGCAGUUUAUGUUGGAAGUACCGUGAAAGUGCACAAUCCUUUGUUUUCUGUUGGCAAAUUGUUACGGAAUAAAUUAAUGCAACGUUUUUAUUGGUCAAUACAAUCAAAAUGAUAGGAAUUCUUUUGAACGUUGUGCACUUUCAGGUCCACAAAAACAUAUAACAAAGGAGUCUGACGGGUUUCUUAACCAUUCCACUCAAUUAACUAUGGUUUUCAAAGGGAGCUGACAGUCUUAUUAGUUAUUGAAAGAUGAGGCCCCAAAGUUGGAUAGCGCUAUCCACCGGAUAAAUCACUGUACAAGGGAUAGGUGUUAGGGAAACCAAUUGCGCUAUCCACUGGAUAGUGAUUUUUUUCGGUGGAUAUCGUUAUCCACCUUUUGAACAACUGGGGCCUGAUUGUUCUAGAGUUUCUCUUCACCAAAAUAUUUCAUACUACUACUGACUGUUUAUGUUUCUAAAAAUUUGUGUUUCCAUCUAGAUAUUUUGUGCUUCUGAUGAUAACAGAUGGAAUAAUUUCGGACAUGCCGCAAACAAAAGAAGCUAUUGUUAACGUGAGUGACUGGUAUUUUGACGAUAGAGGUGUACUAUGGUGUCAGUAAAACGUGGGGUCGGGGUCGGCGCCAGGGCAAGCCGUGGGUGGGGUCGAGUUCUUUCUUUUUUUUUUUAAAGAAUGCUGUUUUAGGGUUAGGGUUAGGGUUGACACUAACACGGGUACUGCACAGCACCAUAGACAUAAAAAUGAUAGGAGCACGCGCGCGCGUGUAAUAGCGCGCGAAAGAUGUAUAUACUGUAAUGUCCCAAUUCAAAUAAAACUGAAAUUGAUAUUUAAGGUGGUGUUCAUGACUUGCAUACUAGCGCAAUUGAAAGUAUAUUUUUCUCUUUUGUAUGCUGAAUGACGCAUAUGAAUGCCCAAAAGUGUUAUUGUACGUUGAUUAAAAUGUAAAAAAACGCUAUUGAAUCUGAUUUAUGCUCAAAUCUCUUGUUUUCGCGCUAAUGAAUGUCUCCACCUUAGAGUCUACUCCAUCUUUUGCUUGAACUGAUGUAAUACACCCUGAUAGUCCGUAGUUCGAGAAGGCCUUAUCUCUCAUAAGCUUCUUUAAUUUCUUUCGGUGCCCUGGCCAAGUUUUUUGUUCGCAUCAUUAUCAUGGAGGCCCAUGCCCUCUAACUCGCUUUCUUUUGUAAACGCACAUUUUUAAAGCAUUUUCGCCUUGCGUCUAAGCUAUGUUUAAUGGUUGAAAGGCAAUUCUGCCAAUAGAUCUAUUUGGCUAACUCACUGUUGUACCCAAUUCAAAUGUCCCGGAGUUAAGAUUCUUUGUGUAUUGUGUUUGCAUUAUAAUGUGGCAUUCACAUGUGAUAUGGAAAUUCCUGAAACGAAGCGUUUUAUUCCCAAAGGGCUUGAAUUAAGGAAUUGGGUACAACAUUGAGUUAGCCGAAUAGGUCUAUUGAACAGGAUUCCUGGUAAAAAUGCGCUUUUAAUUAACAUUUGUAGCGGAAAAUCACUGAACCCUAACAAGUUCGAAAUUCUUAACACAUGAAUUGCUCCAUUCGCCACUCUCACAUUUCCCAUAGUGCACCUUAUUUGCCCCCCUCCCCCUCCCCCCAAAUUUUGCAUAACCUUUGUUUUUCAUUUCUCCUGGCCGUCCCAAGAGAAAUAGAAAACAAUGCUUAUGCAAAAUUUUGGGGGGCAAAUAAGGUGCAUUAUGGGAAAUGUGGAAGUAACGUAUUGCAGGCGUGCAAGUAUAGUGCUUAAAUACCUCAAUUUAUAUAUUUAUUGUAGGCAGCUUCUCUUCCCGUUUCUAUUAUUAUUGUUGGUGUUGGACCAGCAGAGUUUGAAGGUAGGUACUCAAUCAGUUAUAGAUAUGGAAUUUACAUGUGUUCACACAGUUGCCAAACUGCAACGAUUUUAAGCUUGGUUUCAAUACACUAGCGACGAUCUCAAAGCUGGUAAAUUGGUAUCUCAGGGAGUGCGUUAUGUUCUGAUGAAAAAAGAACCAUGAAACAGAGGCGAAACCGUUGUUUGCAUCAUCAAAGUCUCGAAGACUCGCUUGCAUGUUGUCCUGCUUUGUUCUCAGUUUCAAGAUGGAACUGGAAAAGAGCUUUGCGAUGGGCUAAAGUUCUGCUAAGGUUGGUUCAACCUCGUUCCAAGGGUUCUCUUCUACUUGGCCCCGCUCCGGAAGCCGAGUAGGAGAAAACCCUGGGAACGAGGUUGCCGUUUGGGGAGUGAAAGAUGGCAGCUCGGCUGAAGCAGGAACGGAGACGUCUUUGCUUCCUCCUCCUUCCUUCCUUCCUCUUCCUUACACGAUCUACACUAGAACGGAAAGUUUCUACAUCUCCGCUUCUGUCUCUACCACUGCAUUCUCUACUUUCACAUAGAUCAUAAUGCACUCUGUUUACUUCCCAAAAUUUUGCAUUACCAUUGUUUCCAAUUUCUCCUGGGUAUAACAGUCGUCCCACCCAAUAGAAAUCCAAAGACAACGGUUAUGGAAAAUUUUGUGGGGGGGGGGGGGGUUAACAGAGUGCAUCAUGGUUUAUGUGAAAAUGGUAAAUCCGUAAAAAGUGUUACCCUGGCCAUAAGUUCUUUGUUUGUAUUCGCCUUUGCAGAUCUCUCAUAAUCAACCUUGUUUCCCCUCCCCCCCCCCACCCAAAUUCUGCUUAAGCAUCGUCUUCAAUUUUUGAUGGGACGACUGUUAUAUCCAGGAGAAAUUAAAGACAAAGGUUAUGUAAAAUUUUGGGGAGCAAACCGGCAUUUGGGAGAUGUGUAAAUAGCGAAUAAAUACCUUCCCGGCGUUUCUCACUUAAUCAAUACUUUAGACAGUAAACAUUUAGGAGUUUUAGGCCUCUUUCAGAUUUGAAAAGGUUUCAUGGCAUUGUUUUUGUCUCUUUCCAUGUAAACACAGCUAUGGAGGAGCUUGAUGGAGAUACAGUUCGUCUGUCAUCGCGUGGAAGAUACGCGGAAAGAGACAUUGUACAGGUGAGAUACUUUUCUACUGAGUGCAUGCUUUAUUAAAAAGGCAUCAUUUGAUUAUCUAUUAUAUAUUAGUAUAGGUGAACCGCUGAGGGAUUGAAACCCUGACUCCGUUUAGGACAAAAAGAAACCUAAAAUACAUUUCCUAUUCGGGAAAAAACCCUCAAAUUUUUUACCCUGUUUAGGACAAAGGACAUGUUCACUCUUCAGAACAAACUCUUGCAAAAUUAUGUACCCUGUUUAGGAUAGAGAGGACGAAAACCAUAUCACCAUACUCGGACCAGCGGCACAUCCCCGUAUAGGCAAAAUAAGGGAGUACCCCCCCCCCCGGGGGGAUACGGACACUGAGGGGGGCAUGUCCGUAUUAAGAGGGUCAUGUUACUGACUUAAGUCAUUCAAAUCACCAUGUCCAUAGAAACUCUCGCUCAUUAUCAGUAUUUAAGCAAAACGGUUCUCUGCGUAACUCGUUUGAUGCCAAAAUAGUCUGAAAUUAACGUCUGCAAUUCAUCCUAUCCCGCGGUGUGCUAUACCGCCGGGAAUAUUGACAUGCUGUCAACUGUUUAAAAACGGAAAUGUAUUUUACAGCACACAGUGGGCAAUGAAGUGUCAGCGUUAGUGAGAUUGACCUUCUAUGAGAAUCUGUUGAUUGGGCAGGAAACAAGGGCCCGUUGUCCGCAUUCAAAGGUGUCAGUAUUAUGCUGGUUGAAUUAUUAACAGGGGCACCCAACGACAAUGUUUUGAAAAUAUCUGUUCGGAAGACGAUUUGAGAUCUAGAAUUUUCGGAACAUUUUCAGGUAAAAUUUCUUGCUUGCCUGCCUCUCCUAGUACUUUCAAACAUCUACAUAUCGGUAUAAUUGCCCAUUUUUAACGGAUUUUUACCCUAAAAAUGUCACCUAGAAUUUUCGGGAGCCUUUUUUCUGGCUGAAAUUUUCGAAAAGGUAAGUUUUGAUCCCUAUAAUUUUCGGAUCACUAGACUCUCAGCUACGAAAUCCGAACAGAUGAAAAAUCUUUAAGGGAUAAAAAUAUGCCUGUAUCUACCGUUAAAUACUAAAAUGCGUUUAACAAUGCUAUGUUUAAGUGGUUUAAACUAUAUUCUCGUUAGGUGCCCCUGUUAAAAUAUUCCCUUUGCUACCAUCAGGUACCAUUUCGAGUUCACAAUACCCUGCUAAAUCCAGUCGCAGUAUCCAGCGAGCUGCAAACCCAACCAACUAGAACGUGAUGGCAAGUUACAGUCAUUUCAUUUUGUUUCCUUAUAAAUCACAGUUUGUGCCCUUCCGAGAUUACAUUGGACAAGCUGGGAAUGUCAUAAACGGAGCUCGAUUGGCAAAAGAUGUGCUGGAAGAACUGCCAGAUCAAUUUCUUGAUUACAUGAGGAAGCAAAAGAUCAAACCAAGGCCUCCUAAACACACAAACAUUGCAAAAGUAGCUACGGUCUAAAAGAGCCUUUUACAAUUUCACUCUCGGAGUCCGUGUUUCCCAAGUCCAGUAAUCAGAAAUUGAUUACCUAUUCUACUGGACACUAUAUGGUAACUCGGUCUCAGGGCGCAAGAGACUGGGUAAGUUCCAUUGCCCUGCGCAUGUGUGGAAAAUUUUUUAAAUUUGUGAAAGCUAUAUUAACAAUAUGCAAGACAUUAUUUAUCAUUUGUUAUUUUUACAACCCAUUUACUAGUUUUUU